CCUCUCAGCUCUUCACUAACAGUGGACAUCUUUAGUGGAAGUUAACUAGCACACACUGCGGACCGGCCUGAGCAUCAGUGCAGGAUGCCUCUGGGAGGAGGGAACAAGUGUGGCUGCUGCCAGAAAAAUGUCUACUUUGCCGAGGAAGUGCAAUGUGAAGGGAAGAGCUGGCAUAAAUCCUGCUUCCUGUGCAUGGUGUGUAAAAAGAACCUGGACAGCACAACAGUGGCCGUUCACACGGAUGAGAUCUACUGCAAGUCAUGCUACGGCAAGAAGUAUGGGCCAAAAGGCUACGGCUUCGGAGGAGGAGCAGGAACCCUCAGCAUGGACACGGGAGUGGGACUCGGAAUUAAACCCCAAGUAGAAUCUCCACACCGUCCUACAAAUAACCCCAACACCUCCAAGUUCGCCAAGAAAGCCAGCGGCUCAGAUGCGUGUCCACGAUGCGGCAAAACCGUGUAUGCGGCCGAGAAAGUUAUUGGAGGCGGCAACUCGUGGCACAAAGGUUGCUUCCGUUGUGCUAACUGCGGCAAAGGACUUGAGUCUACCACACUGGCGGACAGAGAUGGCGAGAUCUACUGUAGAGGUUGCUAUGCCAAGAACUUUGGUCCCAAGGGAUUUGGUUUUGGUCAAGGUGCAGGAGCUCUGGCUCACUCCCAGUGAAGCCUGGACCCACUUUCCAGCCCCAGUUUGUCCGUGUUGUCAUUUUUUGAGCUGCUUUCCACCAACAUGCAGAUCAUGUUACUCAUGCUUUCAAGCUCAUUUGUAUUACACAUGCGCCAGGAGCAAUUUAGUAGCCACAACAGCUUCAAACAUAUGCUCUACAGUCAGCUAAAUCAUGAAAACAUGCUAAGUUAGCUAACCGUUUUUUUCUGUGGCCUGCUUUCUACAAGGCAGUAGAAUUUCUCCCAACCAAUCAGCGAAGAAUGGUUAACGAAAUUGCUAUAUUGCUAUAAUUAAAUCUUUUUCUAGAAAUAAACAUCUUCAAUUAUAAAGUACACAGCCUAAAAAAAAAAACACUGCCAGAAGCGAUUUAGAAAUUUGAGAAGAAAUCACAUCUCAGCUGGCCAAAACAAAAUAGGGUAAGGUCAGCUUGGUCCACAACUAAUAGUCGUGACCACAUACUUUACGGAUUCGGACGUUCCUGCUCCGGUCCUAUUCAUCAUAAAGCCUCGCAUGCCAGAUGUAAUCUUGGUGACAUGCAAAAUAAACAUCUAGCAUCUGUGUCAGUGUCAGUAAGGUUUUAUUUCAAGGCUCUGACCCGAUGGAAUCAUUGUGUGCUUAUGUUCUUUGGAAUGAUGCAGCAGAUGAAAACUACAUGGAAACUAUAUAGCAGCAAAUCCAAACGCUUAACACUGCAUUGUGUUGAUUAAUUGAAGUUGUUCUCCAUGUUUUCUUUGAGGUGUACCUCUUGACAACUUUUAAUAUCUUUUAGCAAGCCCUAAAAAUGCAAUUUCUUUGUUAGAAAGGCCUGAUCUAUGUCCUCACCCUCCCAAUAACCUGUACUUAUUUAUCUUUAAACUACUACUACUGCAGGGGGGGCUCACAUUUUUUUGGGACACCCCGUAUAUUUAAAAGAAAAGAACAGCGCCCAUCUGAAGCUUUGUGUUACAGGUGACAAAGCUUAAUAUGAACCUUUUCUCCUUAUAUUGCACUUUUUUGUU